AUGGCCAUGGCUUCGAUCUUAAGAUCCAAGACCUUUAAAGGUGCAUUGACACUCGUCGUGUUCAUAGUUCUCUAUGUGUUGAUUUUUCCGAGAGAUUCCGAUGAUUCUUUGUCACCGGAAGAAAUCAACUCAAUGUUCCAGAACAAAGACGAAGGUCUUGCUGGCAUCAAAAAAGUGGAAUUAACGGCCCAUGGCUUGGCUCCUCCCUACUUGGAUCCGAACACGUUGAAGCCAAAGAAUUGGGAUGUUCUGGGAACAACAAUUGUCCGCAAUAAUGAGUUCAUGAGAUUGACUUCUGAUAAUCCUCACCAAGCCGGAAGCAUUUUUCUGAAACUCCCCAUCCAAGCCGAGUCGUUUGAAAUGGAAUUGACGUUCCACAUCCAUAGCAAGGCCCGAGAAUUAGUUGCUGAUGGCUUUGCUAUAUGGUUUACCGACAGAAAAUUGCCCACUGGUGAUGUUUUUGGUUGCCAGAACAAUUUUAAUGGAUUGGGAAUAUUUGUCGAUACCUACAAAAAUGGCAAAAGGGGCCAGUUUCCGUUUGUGAACUUGAUGAUGGGCAAUGGUGUAACUCCAUACAACAAGGAUACAGACGGGUACGAAACGAGAUUGGCUGGAUGUACUGCCCGGUCAGUUCUCAACCCAAGAAGUGAGUUGACCAAAGCCCGUAUUGUCUACACCAAAAAUGGCUAUUUUUCAUUGGAUUUCAACUACAACAACGUUGCUGACGAGUGGUCCAACUGUGUGACUCUUUCUGAUGUCAGAUUGCCCGCAAUCAAGUAUUUGGGGUUCAGUGCCGAAACCGGCGAUUUGUCUGAAAAUGUUGAUUUGAUGGAAAAUAGAAUGUUUGCGUUGUACAAUGGCAAGGGAGGGUUUAUAGACUCCAUUGACGAGCUCCAGGAAAUUUCCAAUGAGGAAGCAGCCAAGGAAGAGGCUGGCGGAGGCAGGCAUCGAGUUCUCAAAAAGGAAAAAUCUACCACCAAGAGACGUACGCUAAAGAGGUUGAAAAACGCAGAAAGGAGACUUAAGGAGCGGGAACGACAAAAACGGAAAGAAUUAUAUGGUGACGAAAAUGCCAAUUUUUUCAACCGGUUGGUGAAAAAGGUGGUAUUUGGUUUGAAGCUAUGCCUCUACACCGCAGCUGUUGUGGGUGUCGUUUGGGUAGGCUCUAUCGCCUAUAGGUCUCGAAAGGCAAUGAAGAGAGGGAAAAAGCAUGCAGGUCUCUUGGAUUAG